AUGGAGAGCGUUCUGACCGGGAACAUCACCCAGAGGUACAGAAACAGCACUAACUGCAACCGGAGAGCCCUGCAGAGGGUGCCAAGUGUGAAACUGGCUCAGGAGAUUCACAAGAUGAAGAAAAAGUUCUACUUUGUUCGCUCAAAGAUUGACCAUAACAUACAGGAUGAGAAAAGAAGUCAGAGGGACUUCAAUGAAGAGAUGACUCUCAAACGUAUAAGAGACUACUGCAUUCAAGGUCUUCAACAACAAGGUUUUGAGGCUCCACAGGUCUUCCUGGUGUCCAGCUUUGAACUCCACCUGUAUGAUUUCUCUCUCCUCCAUGAGACCUUAGAGAGAGAACUUCCUGCACACAAGAGGAAUGCUCUACUGUUUACCAUGCCCAACAUCAACCGUGAGAUCAUCAACAAGAAGAAAGAAGCUUUUCAAGCCAAAAUAAAAUAUCACGCUGUUCUGUCUGCAAUAGUGGCAGGUGUGCCAGUUCCUGAGUUUUCUACUGCUGUUGAUCUAAGCAUGAUGGUUGCUGUUGUUCAGGAAUAUGUAUUUGGGUUUGGGCUUGAUAAACCGUCACUGCAGAGACUUGCUAACAGCACAGGUGUGCCAUAUGAGAUUCUGCAUGCUGUCAUCAAAUCCCCACUGGACUUCGAAAAAAUAACUGUUGAUCUCCUCCUGAAGGUGAUAACCCAAACGACAGUCACAGCUGUUUUAAUGACAGCAGAAGAAGGGUCCAGAUUCAUUCCCCUGUUAGGAAUCCCAGUAGCAAUGGGUCUCUCUUUUACUGCAACCUACAAAACACUGAGUUUUUUCCUCAACUCACUUGCUGAGGAUGCACAGAGGGUGUUUGAAAAGGCUCUGGGUUUGGAGACAUCAGUGUGA